AUGGAGACAUCUGAAGACUUCAGCAACCUAUAUGUCAGAGUGACUCCUAGACUCCUAGCCGAGCUGCAGGAGUUAGAGCCCCGAGUGCUGCGGAGACGCUUGUCUCAGGCCCGGCAUCGUGCAACGCUAGCCAGACUCUUCAACAACCUUAGGAAAACAGUUUUUUCUCCAUCCGAUAGUACAGCUUCAAAGUGGCAGGUUUUGCGGAAGGCAAAGAAUCACAUUCAGGAACUGGAGCAAACAUUGGAUCAUUUGCUGAAGAUGAAAGAAUCCUUCAACCUGGAGGAUGGAAAUGCAUCCACUUUAGAGGAAGUCAAAGAAGAAUAUGCCAGGAUGUACUCCAACAAUCACAGCAUGAUGUCAGAAGCCACAGGUGAGAAUGGUUCAACAAUCUGGUAUCUGAUUCAAGAGUUUGACGGAGAAGCUGUGGAGGAGGAAGAAGAAGGGAGAAGGGGCGAACUGUCCCACUCAUCCCCUGUCACCUCAUCUCCUGACUUGAUGGAAUUUGAACGAUAUCUCUAUUUCUACAAGCAGUCAGUGGACCUUCUGAUCCAGAAUGGAGUUAUCUCCCCUGAGCAGGUGACCCUGCCCAUCGUCUCUAUGGCUAUCUCCCAUCUGUGGCAAGAGCUUCCAGAAGAGAAGAGAGGGAGCAUCCUCCAGGCCUGCAUCCAGAGACAGAGUGCCCUUGUAAACGCAGAGGCCCCCUGCCAGGAGCCCCCACGUGCCGCUGAGGACAGUGUGAAGAACAGCAGCGUUGGCAGCGAAGAGGCCAAUGGAUCCCUGGUCUCCACUCCGGAGGAGAUCCUUUUUGAAGAUGCGUUUGAUGUGGCCACAGGUGUGUCCAGCCCCAGUUCAGUGUUUGCAGGUUGCAGCUCAGAAAAUCCAGAGGAAAACAAUCAUCUCUAUGUGCAGAUCGUCAGUUUCUUAAAGGGCCUUUUCUGUGCUAACACACAGUUGCCACAGGAAGCAGCCAUCCCACUUGAUGAUGAGACAGUGAUGCUAAGAUGCACUGAGACCUUUGAUGAUGAAGACUUAUGAGAGAGG